AUGUAUCGUAAAAGUGUGAUUAUUCCUUGGGAGAGGUAUCAACGACUCCUUAGACCUGAUUCAUCAUACAAGGGUGAUCAUGAAACAAUGUAUGGAGGAGCUGCUGGUAAUGACAGUGGAAAAAGUGAACUUAUUACAAAUAUGGAUACUAAGAUUAAUGAACCUAAAGAUCAAAAGCUACUUGAAGAUGCGAUAGUUUCAACAUUACCCGAAAAAUGGAAAUCGAAGGGUAGAUCAUUACUAGACUUCAUUCAAAGAGCUAAUUCUACAGUAUUGACUUGGAACCAAGCUGGAGAAGUUAAUGUGAAUGGAGAGACAAUUCAGAAUUCACACAUCAGUGACUUGGUGAAAGAAGUCAUUUACCCAUUCACUGAUUUCAGCCCAGUUGGUCUUGAACAAUUCAAAAUUGCAUUAAGAAAAAUUAAUGUUCCGAGGAGUCUUCUAAAGAAAAGUUUUAGAUCAGAAAGUACUGAUAUGAGUGCAGACAAACACCCCAAGCGAUCGUUAAUGACUCCCCCUGGUAUUCCAGUGAAAAACAAGGGAAUGACGAAGAAAUCAAAGGGAAAUUUUAAUCAAACUCGGGAUUUAUUUACAAAAACACCUAAAGUAAAAUGGUCAACCAUGUAAUGCUAUAAAUACAAGAGUACAUUUAUAAACUGAUCAUAUUGCAAGUGGUGUUCAAGAUGAGUAAAGUGAUCAAAAGACAUUAUCAUUUUAUUUCACUGCUAGCGGCUGAGGAUACGAUGAAGCGUCAGCAGAGAGCAUUAUUGAAAACCGCUUCAGAUGAUCAGAUCAAGGCCAUUGCUGAAGUAAUACUGAAUGUUCUUACUGGAAAUUUGUCGAUGUCAACUGCGCAAAAACAAAAGCUGAUACCAUUCCGUACAACUUAUGAAAUGUUGACUGACAAGGAUGUUCCCAUGGGAAGGAAGAGGCUGAGGGGAUAUAUAAGAUAUAGAGAAUAUAGGAAAUAUAGAGAAUAUAGGGGAUAUAGAGGAUAUAGGGGAUAUAGAGAAUAUAGGGGAUAUAGGGGACAUAGAGGAUAUAGGGGACAUAGGGGAUAUAGGGGACAUAGAGGAUAUAGGGAUAUAGGGGAUAAAGAGGAUAUAGGGGACAUAGAGAAUAUAGGGGAUAUAGAGGAUAUAGAGGAUAUUGAAGAUAUAGGGGACAUAGAGAAUAUAGGGGAUAUAGAGGAUAUAGGGGAUAUAGAGAAUAUAGGGGAUAUAGGGGACAUAGAGGAUAUAGGGGACAUAGGGGAUAUAGGGGACAUAGAGGAUAUAGGGAUAUAG